ACUUUGGAACGGUGGCUUGAUUUUAGCUUCUUGGGGGGCGGCUGGCCAUGGCGCUGCCGGGGCUGCUGGUUCUUCUGGCGGCAGCGACUGGGGCUUCCCGCGGCGGGCGGUGGGACCCGAUCUCCAGUUUGCAGCCGGAGGCGGCGGAGGCGAGGCAAGCCGGAGCUGUCCGGGAGCUGCUGGAGCGGCUGGUGGGCCCGCCAGCUGCCUCCGGCUUCUCGGUGUCGGUGAACCGCUCUUUGGCUGGGCCCGGCGGGCUCGACACUUACCGGUUGAGCUCCGGGACUCCGGGGGUGGUGGAGGUCGCCGGCUCCAGCGGAGUGGCCGCCGCCUCGGGGAUCUAUCGGUACCUGAAGGACUUCUGUGGCUGCCACGUCUCCUGGUCCGGCACGCAGCUCCGGCUUCCGGAUCGGCUGCCUCCGGUACGCUCCGAGAUCAUCGUUACGAGCCCCAAUAGGUUUCGCUUCUACCAAAAUGUCUGCACUCAGAGCUAUUCCUACGUCUGGUGGAGCUGGGAACGCUGGGAACGAGAAAUUGAUUGGAUGGCCCUCCACGGCAUCAACAUGGCGCUGGCUUUCACUGGGCAGGAAGCAAUCUGGCAGCGGGUAUAUUUGUCCCUGGGGCUGAACCAGUCAGAAAUUGAUGAAUAUUUCACUGGCCCAGCCUUUCUGGCUUGGAACCGCAUGGGGAACCUGCACACCUGGGCAGGGCCUUUGCCUCUCUCCUGGCACCUGAAGCAGCUCUAUUUGCAGUAUAGGAUCCUCGAGAGAAUGCGUUCCCUGGGAAUGUUGACGGUGCUGCCCGCCUUCUCUGGACAUAUCCCCCGCGGAGUUUUAAGGAUUUUCCCCCGGAUCAAUGCGACACGUCUGGGGAGCUGGAGUCACUUUGACUGUGCCUGCUCUUGCACCUACCUCCUGUCGCCCGAAGAUCCCAUGUUCCAGGUCAUUGGGACUCUCUUUCUAAAAGAGCUGAUAAAGGAGUUUGGAACUGACCAUGUCUAUAGUGCUGACACUUUCAACGAGAUGCGUCCGCUCUCAUCGGAACCUGCCUACCUAUCCAAGGUCAGCGCAGCUGUUUUCCACUCUAUGGCUGGAGCCGACCCCGGAGCCAUGUGGUUGAUGCAGGGCUGGCUUUUCCAACAUCAGCCUGACUUUUGGCAGCCAGCCCAAGUCCGAGCUCUCCUGCAGGGCGUGCCUCUCGGUCGGAUGGUGGUGUUGGAUCUUUUUGCUGAAUCCAAGCCCGUCUAUCCCUGGACUGAAUCCUUCUACGGGCAGCCUUUUAUCUGGUGCAUGCUCCAGAACUUUGGUGGAAACCACGGCCUUUUCGGCAGCGCAGAGAGCAUCAACCGAGGCCCUUUUGCUGCCAGGGAGUUCCUCAACUCCACCAUGGUGGGUGUCGGCCUGACUCCCGAGGGCAUUGAGCAGAACGACGUGAUGUACGAGCUCAUGACCGACCUGGGCUGGCGCAGGGAGCCAGUGAAUCUGCAGCAGUGGGUGACUGGGUAUGCCACGCAGCGCUACGGUGCCAGGAACCCAAAGGCAACGGCUGCCUGGCAGUUGCUGCUUCAGAGCGUCUACAACUGUCCGGGGGUUUGUGUAAACCACAACCACAGCCCGCUCGUGCGCCGGCCGUCCUUGCGGAUGAACACGGAGCUGUGGUACAACCAGAGUGCUGUCUACGAAGCCUGGCGACUGUUGCAGAGUUCUUCUGGGGAGCUGGGUGCCAGCAGGACCUUCUGCUAUGACUUGGUGGAUGUGGCCCGCCAAGCCCUGCAGCAGCUGGUGAGUGACUAUUACCGGGAGAUCCAGCAGGCGUUCCAGGGCCGCGUGCUGUCUCGCCUGCUCACAGCGGGUGGCGUGCUGGUCUAUGACCUCCUUCCAGAACUGGACAGCCUCCUAGCCAGUGACGAGCGGUUUUUGUUGGGCCGCUGGCUGGAGUCUGCCCGUUUGAUGGCCACCAGCGACACAGAGGCCGAUCUGUAUGACCUCAACGCCCGCAACCAGCUGACGCUCUGGGGACCUCUCGGCAACAUCUUGGACUAUGCCAAUAAACAACUGGGAGGGCUGGUGCUGGACUAUUACGGGGUGCGCUGGAAUCUCUUUGUUUCCACCCUGGUGGAGUGCCUCAACACUGGCACACCCUUCCACCAAAACCAGUUCAACCAAGCUGUUUUCCAGGUGGAGAGGGGGUUUAUCUACAAUGGGAAACAGUACCCAGCCAAGCCCAUUGGCAACACCCUGCAGAUUGCCGAGGAGAUAUUUCUCAAGUAUUACCCUUCUGCCAUGAAACGUGGACAUUUGGGUGCUGUAUGAAGGGUGACUUAGUUCAGGGAAAGAUGGUUCAGCCAUUUGGAGCAGAAAUCCAAAACUUAUUUUGUGCUCAAGCUCUGAGCCAGACCUGACACUGGAUAGCUUGGGUGACUGUUUUGAAUACGUGGUCCAAAGUGGAACUCCGGCAAGGAGAGAGAGAUCCAUGGGGCAAAAAAUUGAGCCUGGAAAUUUGUGCCCUUUGACCUGGAACCACUUUACUCCUAGUUCCCAAUUCAUACAGUGUGUGGGGAUGUUUGUCAGGAACUUGGCAUGUGCUCAGAGACACUUUUGUUCUCCUCCUUCUAGGGUUCUAGCUCACAUUGAGCUCACAGAGUGGGAAGUGGGUUCACCUUAGUCAGAAUGGGAAAGUAAUGGGAGGACUUCUGAAGUAGCUGCCUGCCUUCUUUUGGUUUUCCCUGUACCAUCUAGACUGUGGCAUCUCCCAAGAAGAAGAAGAAGAGUUGGAUUUAUAUCCCCCCCCCUUCUCUCCUGUAAGGAGACUCAAAGGGGCUUACAAUCUCCUUUCCCUUCCCCACCC